CAGUGUCGCGUUAUGCUUCGGAGCAGACAGAGCGCAGCGCCGCGCUGAGCCACGCGGUCAGCUUGUGUAAUUGCGCGAUACCUUCUUAUUCAACAAGUGUGUCCGGGUAGAGUGAAUCCGCAUCAUCCUACGCCGAUUCACCUUUCACCGCAACAAAUCAAUUCCGCGCUGACGUCACGGAAAACAUGGGGAAAACCGCAAGCAAGCUAAAAUCGCGUCGCAGCCAAAGUAUAGCAUGGAGUUUCCGGUUUCCGUCGAUGGGGACUCUGCAGAAUCUGAGCGCGAGUGGCCGUCGGAGGAAAAGAGAUACGUUAUCGAUGGAGAAAUACGGACAUCAGCAACGUCACACGAUACACCUUCAACCAGAGACAAUCAUACAGAAGGAACCUGCCCUCAUAAUAACUCCGCCGUCGCCAUGUCAGAGCAGAGAUAACACAUGGAAGGCGGGCUGCUCCGAAGAGGACAUUUCCAACGAUUGCGCAUGUCCCGAGCGAUCAACCUCCGCUUUUCAGUCUCGACAGUCAAAACAAGACCAGGCCAAAAACCGAGGAGCGAGUCCGGACAUGGAACAACCGGAGGAGACUGCACGGCGCCUCCUCGAACGAGAAUUGCGUUUGCUCGAUCCGCGUGACCUUCGCUCGCAUGCUUGGUACCACGGAAACACCCUUCGUGGCGGGCGGCGGGGGGCAGAACUGGAAGUGCCAAACGAGGGAGAUUUCCUCGUCCGCGAUUGCGCCUCUCAGCCUGGAAACUACGUCCUUACCGUUCGCUGCAAGGGACAACCGUUGCAUUUCGUGAUAAACAGGGUCGUCCUCCAGCCAGACACAGUCUACGAACGUGCUCAAUACCAAUUCGAAGACGAGGCUUUCGACACCGUCGCGGAUUUGAUAACGUUCUACGUGGGUAGCGGUCGGCCGGUGAGCCACGCUAGCGGAGCUCGAAUAGUGAACCCGAGACCUCGAUCAGUGCCGCUCUCCUGUGCCCCAUCGCCGGGUAACCAGCACUCUUCCUCGAGUCCCUCUUCGUCCUCACUCUCGGCAGGAUCUCCACCUAGGUUACCCAGAAAGCAGCAACGGAGUCACUCCUUAACACCACAACAACAACAGCACGGCGCAGUUCAUCAGGGAUUCCAACCUCAAGGAUCAUCCAGCACCCUUCCGCGUGUCCCGCCGACACCGCCUCACUCAGCUUCUUCAUCCUCUUCCCUUUCCUUGGGCCGUCAAAAAAUCACGAGGGUUAUAUCAGACCCGUCUCUGCAGCAACAACAGCUUCCGGCUAACGCAAGCGCUCCUUCGGCGCCUCCGAAGCCACCGAGAGUUCCUUACAUAUCGGCGCAGGCUCCGAACCAGCAUCAUCAUCACGGGCAUCACCAUCAUCAGCAUCAGCAUCCGCAGGUUUACCAGGCCUCAGGAAGCGACAGUGGAAACGGAUCCGGGGACAGCGAAUUCGAGCUCAACAAUUCCGGGGGCAACGGUCAGCCCCCUACGACUCCGGCGGUCAAAGGGGUCAUAAUACGCAGCCCUUACGCCAUUGAGGGUAAUCCGGGGUGUGGAGGGGAGUACGAACUCUCAGCCGAGGAGCACCUCGUCGUGGCCGCGCCCUCGUUGGAGAUACCGUCCUUCCUGGACCUCGACGGUUUUGUAACGCUGCUUCUCCCGACGGGUGAACACCGUCCCCUAGAUUCCACGGCCCUAAGGGGCGUCUCCGGAAUGCUACACGACUCGGCGCCGCGAGUUUUGGCCACUCACCUAACCCGCGUCGAUCUGGAGAUCGCCUUGAGCCCGGGAACCGGCAACAGGAGCGGCCUCAGCGGCAUAGAACUCGCGACUCUGCCGCACGGACGUCAGGCGCGUUUGGACCUCAUCGAGAGGUCCGAGUGUCUGAAACUCCUCGUCGCUGUUACCAUUCUUGCCGGUGCGACAGCCAUCGAAAGGGCAGCGACCAUAUCGAAGUGGAUUAGAGUCGCGGUCGACACGAAGACUGCGCUCGGGAAUCUCUACGGGUUUUGUGGGGUCAUGCUUGGGUUAUGUCUUCCUCAGAUUCAGCGACUCGCUAAUACCUGGCAUCUGCUCAGACAGAAGCAUACCGAUGAGGCUUUCAGCUUUGAAGCCAAGCUCAGACCCACUCUUCGAGCUAUGAACGAGUGCGCCAACCCUCAGGCUCCAAACACCACGCUACCUCACCUUUUGCCCAUCGCUCUGCUCGGGGAACGAGGUCCUGAGGAUAUUCUGGGAACGGCAUCGCCUUCAGGAAUAACCGGGGCCAUUCUGUCUCCAUGGGAGAGUUCGGCAGCGGAUUGUGGUCUUUCGAUUGUCUGGGCGCACCUUGAUGCGGCCCGGAAACUUGCGGAGAGCCUUCCGCUUUAUCGAAGGAACGCUGAAAUCGCACUCGAGGGAUGCAGGAACGACGAAUUACUCGCUGACGCGUUUCGCACGGAGUUUCACAUGAAGUUUCUCUGGGGGAGUCGUGGCGCAGCUGUAGCACCGGAGGAACGCCACCUAAAAUUCUCUCAGGUCCUUGACGCGAUGUACGACAAGUGUGCGGCGACAGAAACUUCCUCGUAAUUUCAAUUACCCCAAAAUUUCACGUCGCCCCAUUCAGCCUAAUUUCAAUGGCUUCUGUACAUUGUUGAAGUUAGAUUAGUACCUAUAUUGAAUUAGAUUAUUAUGUAAGGAUGAGUACUGUAAUUGAAUAAAGACGAGGCACGUCUUUCCCAAAUCUAUUUAACGAACCCCACUCAAGACAAUACUACAAACGACAAAUGUAUUAUGUGAAGUAUUCGAUGUAUAAAUAUUAUAGAUGCGUUACGUACUUAAUCAAGGAAGCUGACCUUAGUGAAACUGGGAUUUUUCACGUACUUCUUUUCAUUUGAAUGAUUUCCUCGUGCUUUUCAAAAUUCAGUAACGACUGCAAUAUCAUGUAGUAAAAAAUACAUCAAAAAAUGAAAAAUUAUAUCAAAUUUUACCAGCAAAUUAAUGUGAAAAGAACUAUGUACCGAAUUCUGAGUUAAGGCACUCAUUUAUCAUGUUUUAAAACUUUGGCUAAUCCAAAUUUCACUAAGAUCCUCCUUUGAACCGAUUCUAUAUUAUACCAACUCUUAAUUGUACAUGUUGUUACUUAUUCAUACAUAUAUCAACGGAAUAAUGAUUGUAUCUAUUUUCCCUGCCGCUAUACCCCAGCUCACCCAUAUGUGUGUAUUGAACGACUGAAUCUACGCAUAAGGUUUUUGUUUCGAGAAUAUUGUCCAGUUUUUUAUGGAAACUUACACGCAAUCUAUCAAAAAUAAGUAAGCUUAUGUAAAAUAUAAUGUCUAGUCAAGUGGACCAAAAGUUACCAAAGGUUCAAAACAUAAAAAAAGAUGAAA